AUGGCUGCAAAACAUUGCACAGCAAGUUUUGUGGACAUGGAAUCUAAGAAAUGCAUUAUUCAUACACCAACUGUAUAUGCAAAACAAUCACUUCAAUUUGCCACUCAAAGACAUAAUAAUCAGUUUUGUUCACUCUCCAUGAAUGGCUGCCGAGGUGAUCCAAGGGCUCCAAUUGGAACCAUUGAAACUCGAACUUUUCCAGCCGUCCCGAACCUGGCAUUGGCUAUGGGCAACCUCAAUUCCGCGAUUUUCGACAUGAAAUCCAACCCUCCACCAUUUGAUUCUGGAAUUAUUCGUCUCGAGGUGCCAAUUCUGCAGCGGAUUGAAGCUCUAGAUUGGCUUCGUGCGCAGAGCCAUCAGCUUCUUCCUCGAUGUUUCUUCUCUGGUCGCAAUCCAAGCAAUGUCGACUGCAUCGAGAAUGGCAGCACUUCAAAUGAGCAUCAACACAAGCUUGUCAGUGUUGCCGGGAUAGGUUCUGCAGUGUUCUUUCGCCACCUCCAUCCAUUCUCGUUGGACGAUUGGCGCGCCAUAAAAAGGUUCUUAUCCAAGAAGUGUCCACUGAUUCGUGCUUAUGGGGCUAUCCGCUUUGAUCCGAUGGCUAAUAUAGCUUCUGAAUGGGAAGCUUUUGGAAGUUCAAUGAUUGCUGCAACGGUUGCAUGGGACAGUGCCCUGUCAUGGACAUAUAGAAAAGCAGUUUCUUCAGUUGAGGCUACAAUAUGGCAGGUUUCUUCUGCUGUCAAGAGAUUAAAUAAAGACACUCCUCAGGCUAUUGUGCUCAGCCAGGCACAUAUUCCUAAUAAAAUAUCAUGGGAUUCAGCCGUUAGGCGAGCCUUGGACAUGAUAAACAGGAAAAACUCAAUGCUAAUAAAGGUUGUGCUUGCACGUAGCAGCAGAGUACUGACGACAAUAGAUAUUGACCCUUUAAUGUGGCUGUCAUGCUUAAAGAUUGAAGGGGACAGUUCCUAUGCCUUUUGUCUUCAGCCUCCUGAAUCUCCUGCAUUUAUUGGUAACACUCCAGAGCGACUAUUUUAUCGAGACCGACUAACCAUUUCUAGCGAUGCUUUGGCUGGAACACGAGCCAGAGGUGGAUCAGAGUCUCUGGAUGUGCAGAUAGGAAAUGAUUUACUUUCCAGUCCUAAAGACCACCACGAGUUUACUGUAGUUCGGGAAUAUAUUAGAAGAAAACUAGAGACUGUAUGUUCCAGCAUAUUGAUUGAACCUGAAAAAGCUCUACGAAAACUUCCAAGAGUUCAACAUCUUUAUGCUCGAUUGACAGGGACAUUGGAGAGAGAAGAUGAUGAGUUUAAGAUUUUGUCAUCCCUUCAUCCAACUCCAGCUGUUUGCGGGUUUCCUGCUAAAGAGGCACAGAUUUUAAUAGCAGAAACUGAAAUGUUUGACAGAGGAUUAUAUGCUGGUCCUGUUGGAUGGUUUGGCUGUGGGGAAAGUGAGUUUGCAGUGGGAAUAAGGUCAGCCUUGGUUGGCAAGGGUUUUGGUGCAUUGAUUUAUGCGGGAACUGGUAUAGUGGAAGGAAGUAAUUCUGCCCUGGAGUGGCAGGAACUGGAGCUGAAGACAUCACAGUUCACCAAAUUGAUGAAACCUGCGCCUCUGUUGUUGAGGGGAGAAAAUAGAAUAGUAGUACAAAAAGAAACGUUUGACGGAGGAUUAUAUGCUGGUCCUGUUGGAUGGUUUGGCUGUGGGGAAAGUGAGUUUGCAGUGGGAAUAAGGUCAUCCUUGGUUGGCAAGGGUUUUGGUGCAUUGAUCUAUGCCGGAACUGGUAUAGUGGAAGGAAGUAAUUCUGCCCUGGAGUGGCAGGAACUGGAGCUGAAGACAUCACAGUUCACCAAAUUGAUGAAACCUGCGCCUCUGUUGUUGAGGGGAGAAAAUAGAAUAGUAGUACAAAAAGUGGCGGAUCGCUAA